AUGGCCUGCGAGACACCGUGCAACGGCUGCACGCAGCAGUGCGAUGACAAGCCCCUCGCUGAUAUUGAAGAUUACACGGCUGAGCUCGAAAACCUGCGCCUUCGGUCAAAAGAGCUCGAGGCCCUCAUCUCGUCCAAGACGCCAGCCCAGCGCCGUGGCAAGAAGCCCUUCCGCUCGUCUCAGUGGUUCAACCGCACCGAUGACCGCGGAAUCAGCUUAGCCUACAUGGACAGGCAGCUCAACUACGGACUGACGACGGAGGAGCUCAAGAGCGGAAAGCCCAUCAUCGGCAUCGCCCAGUCCGGCUCCGACCUCUCGCCCUGCAACCGCCAUCACUUGCAGCUCGCCAAGCGAGUCAGGGACGGUAUCAUCAGCGCUGGCGGCAUCCCGCUCGAAUUCCCCACGCACCCCAUCCAGGAGACGCUGCGCCGGCCGACGGCCACCCUCGACCGCAACCUGCUGUACCUGGGUCUCGUCGAAAUUCUGCACGGCUAUCCACUCGACGGUGUAGUUUUGACGACGGGCUGUGACAAGACCACACCUGCAAUGCUUAUGGCUGCUGCGACUGUCAAUCUCCCCGCCAUCUGCCUCAACGUAGGACCAAUGCUCAAUGGCAACCUCCAAGCCGAAAAGAUCGGCACAGGCACCAUCAUGUGGAAAGCGCGUGACCUCUACGGCGCCGGCAAGCUCGAUGCAGACGGCUACCUCGACAUGGUGUGCGCUGGCUCACCGUCACCAGGCCACUGCAACACCAUGGGCACGGCGUCGACCAUGAACGCUCUCGCCGAGGCCCUCGGCAUGGCACUACCGGGCAGCGCCACCAUCCCCGCCGUGUAUCGCGAUCGGUCGCAGGCAGCCUACCGUACAGGCUUGCAGAUUGUCGAGAUGGUUGAGGCCGACCGACGCCCGUCCGACAUUAUGACGCGCGAGGCCUUUGAGAAUGCCAUUGCCGCCAAUACGGCCAUUGGCGGCAGCACCAACGCGCCCAUCCACCUCAACGCCGUUGCCAAGCACAUGGGCGUACCGCUGCACCUCGACGACUGGGACCGCAUCGGCUACGAGCUCCCGCUUCUCGUGAAUGUUCAGCCGGCAGGCGAGAUGCUGUGCGAGGAGUACUACCGAGCCGGUGGCCUGCCAGCCGUGCUGGCCGAGCUCGUGGGUGCUGGCAAGCUGCCACACCCUGGAGCGCUGACAUGCAACGGCCGGACCAUUGGCGACAAUGUUGCGGCACACGGCCCCUCGUGGGACAGGGCGACGAUCAAGGCGUUUGACGCACCGAUGAAGAAGAACGCCGGGUUUCUGCACCUCACUGGUAAUCUCUUCGACUCUGCCAUUAUGAAGACAUCAGUCAUCUCGGCCGGGUUCCGCAAGGAGUUCCUCGAGGACCCCAACGACCCCAACGCAUUCGAGAGCAAGGUGGCUGUCUUUGACGGACCCGAGGACUACGAGAAGCGCAUCGACAUUGCCGAUAUUGACAAACGAACUAUCCUCGUUAUGCGCUACGUCGGACCCAAAGGAUACCCUGGCGCGGCCGAGGUUGUCAACAUGCAUGCGCCACCGAGGCUGCUCAAGCAGGGCAUCCAGGACCUGCCAUGCAUCGGCGACGGACGACAGUCCGGUACCUCGGGCUCGCCGUCGAUCCUAAACGCGACACCCGAGGCGGCUGAUGGCGGCAAUCUGGCGCUCCUUCAGGAUGGUGACAGGCUGCGUGUCGACCUCAACAAGCGUCGAGUUGAUAUGCUCAUCUCGGACGACGAGUUGAAGGCGCGGCGCGCGGCGCACGAAGCAAAAGGCGGUUAUCACGGUCCACCAAGCCAGACGCCCUGGCAGGACAUCUUCCGGCGUGAGGUCGGUGGUCUGAGCGAGGGCAUGGUGAUGAAAGAGUCGAUCAAGUUUCAACGAAUCGCUCAGACACAGCCCAUCCCGCGGGACAAUCACUGA